GAAACCGCCGUCGUGUCGUCUCCUCGAAGAUUCCUGAAGAUCCACUCAGGCUGCGGGAUCUGGUUUCUGACAUCCUGAGACAAGUCAAUGCAGUCAGGAGGAGGAGAGAGCAGCAGGAUGUACGCUCACUGAGCCAGAACUCAGACAGCAUAAACAAAAAUCUCUCACAGCACAGACUUUAUAAUAGAUCCCGGUGGUUUGAUUCCCCACCUCCCUCCCAGACACCAUGACGUCCUCUAUGCUCCGACGACAAGCUCAAAACCUGGUCCAGAACUACUCUGAGGCUGAGGUCAAGGUGAGAGAGGCGACGUCUAAUGAUCCAUGGGGCCCAUCCAGCACUCAGAUGGCUGACCUCUCUGAUCUGACCUACAACGUUGUGGCCUGCAAUGAGAUCAUGACGAUGCUCUGGAAGCGGCUGAAAGACGACAAGAACUGGAGACACAUCCACAAGUCCCUCACACUGCUGGAGUACCUAUUAAAAACCGGUGACGAUCGCGUGCUUCUGAAAAUGAAAGACAACAUCUACAUUGUCAAAGCCCUCACAGAGUAUCGCUUUGUUGAAAAGGAUGGCAAAGAUCAGGGUGUAAAUGUAAGAGAGAAGGCCAAGGUUGUCCUUGUUCUUAUGGAGGACGAUGAAAAACUAAAGGAGGAGAGAGACUUUGCCUUUAAGACCAGAGAGAAGACGUCAAAAGGUUCUGCUGCCUCAUCCACAGACGCCAUCAAGGAUCCAAAUUACAAGCCAUGCUAUGUUCCCGGGGCCUCUGGGCUUCCGUCCUUAGACAACAUACCCUCAGUGGCCGACUUGACUGCUUCCUUCAAUGCCCGCAAAGAAGAGCGUCUCAAACAGGAAGCAGAGAAGAAAGAAGUAGAGAGACGGGCCAAGAUGAGUGAAGAUGAGCUGAAAUGGGAGGAUGCUGGCAAAGGUGGUGAAGUUAAAGGUGCUUGGGGACAAGAGAAAGAGAAAGAGGAAGAGGAGGAGGCAAAACCAGACCCAUGGGGAGCUCCCAAAGAACCCAAAGAAGCCACAGAUCCAUGGGGCACACCCGCAAAACCCGAUACCACUGAAAAAGCAGCCAGCAGUGAUCCUUGGGGGGCUCCAACUAAAACUGAUGAAGAUCCAUUUUCAGCACCGAAAACAGAUGAAGAUGCAUUUGCUGAGAAUGGAGAAGAUCCUUUUGCAGCACCAAAAGAUGAAUCCGAUCCAUUUAGUGCGAAAAAAGAUGACCCGUUCAACACGCCAAAAGACACUUCAGACCCCUUCAAUGCACCCAAAGACAAGGAAGAUCCAUUUGCCGCACCAAAAGAUAAACCAGAUCCCUUCAGUUCGUCUAACAAUGAUCCGUUCAAUACUCCAAAAGAUGAUCCGUUCAGUGCACCAAAAGAUGAUCCCUUCAAUGCUCCAAAAGAUGAUCCCUUCAAUGCUCCAAAAGAUGAUCCCUUCAAUGCUCCAAAAGAUGAUCCCUUCAAUGCUCCAAAAGAUGAUCCCUUCAGUGCUCCAAAAGAUGAUCCCUUCAAUGCUCCAAAAGGUGACCCCUUCAGUGCUCCAAAAGAUGAUCCCUUCAGUGCUCCCAAAAAUGAUCCCUUCAAUGCUCCAAAAGAUGACCCUUUUAACACUCCAAAAGAUGAGCCUUUUAAUGCCCCAAAAGAUGACCCAUUCAGUACCCCAAAAGAUGAUCCCUUCACUGCACCAGCAUCAACACCACCUAAAGAAGAUCCAUUUGCAGCACCAGCAUCCUCUAAAGACGACCCCUUCACGGCUACCACAACACCACCUAAAGAAGAUCCUUUCUCUGCGCCAACUAAACCUACGCAAGACGACCCUUUUACUGCACCAACAUCACCACCCAAAGACGAUCCCUUCGCUGCACCAUCCAAAACCACUAAAGAUGACCCUUUUGCUGCACCAGCAGUGGCCCCAAAAGAGGACCCAUUUGCUGCGCCAUCCAGUCCUCCGAAAGAUGAUGCCUCGGAUCCCUUCAAUGCCCCUCCGGUGAGCUCACCUCAAGGCGGUGCAGAUGCAUGGGGAGCCCCUGCUAGUUCUCCACCUGCCACCGGGUCAGAUCCCUGGGGGGCACCUUCAACUCCAAAGGAAACAACGAGCGGAGAUCCCUGGGGUGACGGGACAAGUGCCACCUCACCCGUUGAUCCUUCUGAUGGGUUUGGGGAUUCAUCCAAACCAGACGAUGACCCAUGGGGAGCCCCAGCUGCAGCUCCGGUUAGCACAGAUGAUGCGUGGGGAUCACCUGCGCCUCCCUCAGCCUCCUCCCCGUCUAGUGACCCCUUUGGAGAUGGUGCAUCUAAAAAAAGUGAUCCUUGGGGUGCGCCGAGCAAUGGGACAGGGAAGCGAGCGGCACAGGAAGAGAAGACUCGUUCAUUUCUGGGCUCCGCGGGGGCGUCGCUCGUCGACUUGGACGAUCUUUUUUCCUCUAACCCCAAACCCAAACAGCGCCCCCUCGUCAACGCGCCCGUCGCCCAGACACAAGCCAUCGGCACUUUCAGGGGCAUGACAUCUGGCCCAGGGGUCAGCUCAGGGGCUGUUGCAGGGGUGGCUCCUCCUGAAGCAUCAACCCCUCACUAUGGUCCUUUUGGCUCCACCUUCACUCCCUCCUUUGGUGCACCCUCUCCCAAUUUUGGAGCCAUUGGAGCGUGUCAUUCAGGCUUAAAUAUGCUUCAGGCAGCUCAGGUGGCUCCCCCGGGUUCAGGAAAUGGAAUGGUAGAAUCCAUCUCUGUGGGAGGGAGUCCACAAAUUGGAUUUAACCCCCCAUGUGGAGGAUUGGUGCAGUCUGGAUCUCUGGUGGGGAAUCCUUUGGCAGAUCCUAUCUUUUUGGGAGCAAGGGUGGCUCAGUCCAGUUUCUUUGGAGGGAGUCACCAAGCAGGAGCGGCUCAUUUGGGAGGUUCCACUCCACAGGCCGGAGGGGGAGUCCCCGUCCAGCCACAGGUGCUCCCAGGCAGCGUUUUGGGUGAGACCGUAAACAAAAACACCAAUCCAUUCCUGUUCUGAUACCUUAUUAUGUAAACUUUCCUCUCAGAUACAUGUAGUAUAUUGAAUGACCAAACUCGGUUAGUAUUACAUGUUUUAGCCGUUCGAUUUAAUGAUCAACAAUCCGGUAUUACUGAUGCAAAGUGAAAACAUUCAUGCAUAUCGUCAUCACAAGAUACAAAAUUAUUUAAAUUCCAAUCACAGAUCCAUAUCACCACCGCAUCCAAGCACGGCUUCUUCCUGAACCUUCAAAUAAUGCUCGCAGUCUGUCGUCAGGAAGAUAAUGGUAAACAAUCAAGAAAAUGUCAAAACGGUUAUUUACUGAUAUCAUCUGAUAUUGAUCACAGGCCUCUGAAAUAAUCUUUUUAUGGCAGACUUUGUGAUAUCUGCAAAUACUGUAUUAUUAUCCAAAUAUUCAGCUAACUCCCCAGCUAACAUCGCAGCCUUUCACGAUGUAUUUAUCGCACAAGUUGACUAUAACAACUGUAUCCUUAUUGCGCGGCCCUGAGAAAUACACACAAAACAUGAAACAGUGUACAAUACUGUAUCAAUACUGACGCAGCCGGUCUUAUUCUUCUUCAUGCACAAGUGUGAGAAACCAGAGCACCUAAGUGUUGAUGAUGUGAGUGUUGUAUGAUUUCUGUGACUGGACCUGUAAAACAUUGACAGAAGUGAUCUGGGAACGACGUCACUGUAGAUUUCCUUUAGGUGUGUAUGUGUUUGUACAAGGCGGAGUGUGUAUGUGUGUGUGUGACCUGCAUGUGCGAUGUGUGUGUGCAGUAUAUAUUGUGCUAAUGUAAAUAGUGGAAGUAAUCACAGAUAAACCUUGAAAUAUACUGUAUAUUAGAGUGUUACAAUCAUGAGUAACUAUUUAUUGAUCUAUUUAUUGAUUGAUUUAUCGCUUGAUUAUUUAAUGAUGCAGCAAUGGCCUCCAACAACGUUCAGGUUGACUUUUAUUACAGCAUGCAGUGAUACUCAACUUACAGCUCACGGGCAAAGAUCUGGUCCCUGAUAGGCUGUCAGGUGGCCCCGCAACCUUUUUCUAAUUCACAAAAAAAAAAAAAAAAUGAAGUGAUUCCCACUGGUAACAGAUUUUGCACUUUUUGUUUACAUAAGGUGCCAGAGUGCAUAAAACAGCAUCACGAUAGAGUUCGUUUAUUAAAAAUAGUGUCAGAGGUCUAAAAUCCGAGAGACCUCCUAAAAUCUUACAACUGCCCUAAAAUCCUAGAAACAUUUUAAACUCCGAGUA